CCACUAAUCACCCGCAACCCUUUUUAAACUCACUAACUCCUCUCUUUUCAUGACCAGUAAACGCAGCAGCCUACUGCAAUUGCCGCCGCACCCGCUUCCGUUUGACGACCCACUUUCAGAUAUAGAAUCCAUUCUUAAACAAACAGAUUUUACGGUUAUCACUCGCGAGCAAUUUAGUAAGUAUCGCUAGAAAGUUGAAAAAAUUGUUGACAAGAAACAGCCAUAAUGGAACCCAAAGAAGAAGUUAAAACGAGAAUAUACGUGGGAGGACUGGGAGACAAAGUGACAAGCGAUGAUCUGAUGAAGAUUUUCUCAUCUUUGGGAGAUGUUAAAGCAGUGGACAUUAUCAGAACCAAAGGCCGCAGCUUUGGAUACAUCGACUUUUUCCCCUCCUCCGAUAAAUCGCUUUCAAAGCUCUUCAGCACGUAUAAUGGUUGUGCGUGGAAGGGAGGGAGGUUGAGGCUGGAGAAGGCUAAAGAGCAUUAUCUUGCUCGGUUCAAUCGGGAGUGGGCUGAAGAUUCUCAACUUGCGAGUACUGCACCCACUGAAUCUGAUGUCCCUGAUAAAGUUACUGUAUCUUUAGAGAAGAGCAAAAAAGUUGUUGAUUCAGCAAAGAAUCUACACAUUUUCUUCCCCAGAUUGAGAAAAGUGAAAGCAUUGCCAUUUAGUGGAACGGGGAAGCACAAAUACAGUUUUCAACGUGUUGAAGCUCUGCCAUUACCAAGGUAUUUCUGUGAUUGUGAAGAACAUUCUGUUCCUUCUUGUCCUGCAAAAGGGAAUCAAAUGCAAAAUCAAACUGAAAAAGAGGUAGAAAUGCAUGGUCUGGAAGGAGAGAGUAGUGGAGUGAAUGAGGAAGAGCUUAAAAUAAUGAAUUCAGUGAUGAACAAGCUCUUUGAGAGGGAAAAUGUCUCUAAGGCUGCAUCUCACGAGACUGGGCCUGCCGACAAUGGACAUGGUUCUAUCAAAUUGAUUGAGGAUCUGCAAUUUAGUGAGAAUGAAGAAGAUGCAGAUAACAUUGUAAUUAAUGCAGUAUCUAGGGGAAACAACAAAAUAUCCUUAUCACAGUGCCAGGAAAAAUCUACUACCUUGCCAGUUAAUCAGAAAUCAACAUUCAGUGAGAAGGGAAAUUCUAAAGGUAAACCAGCUCAGAGUGUGCCUGAAUCAGGGAAAAACCCUAACAAAAAGAGGAAAUCACUUUUCAGUGAAGAAAGCACAAAAGAUGAAUUAGUGUCUAAUAACCCUGGAGGUGGCAUGAAUUUGCAAACACCAUUGGGAGCUGAACCUGCUGGAACAAAAUCAAGUUUCAAGCAAUCAACUGCCAACCGUUCAUGGUCCCAAAAGUUAUCUUGGAGAGCACUUGUUGGAGAUAAGGAUAGUAGUGCAUUCAAUGUCUCCAGUCUACUGCCAGUUGUUUCUUCUACCAAGGAAGCAGACAAUGCUGUUGAAUCAAUUGAUGUUCUGCAGUUUGAUGAGAAUGAAACAGAUGAAGAUAAUCUUAUAAUUAAUGUGGUGUCCAAGAAAAACAACAGAGAGAAGUUGUCAAGGAACCAAGAACAGGCCUCGAAGUUGACAGUGAUUCGGGAUACCCAGAAAUCAACAUCAAAUGGAUUACAAACAUCUGAAGAUAGACAAGUUCAGAGUGUGAUUAAGGCCCAAAAUAAUAGUACUCCAUUUUGUAAAAAGAAUAAGAAAUCUCUUAACAGUGUAGAAAGUGAUGUACAUGAAAUGGUGUCUACUAUACCAGAGGCCAGUGGCACUGUGCAAACUCAUACAAAUGUGCCAAGUAAUCCUUCAGAAGCUCAACCAACUGAACCAGAAUCAGGUGUCAAACAAUCAAAUCCUAAUCCUUCAGAGUCACAAAAGUAUUCAUGCGGAGAACUUGUUGAACAUGAGGACAAAGAUGUAUUUACUGUCUCAAAUAUGUUAAGAAACAUUUAUACCUUUGAACAACCGAUAUCUGAUGCUCCAAUUGUUCCUGAAUCCACUGACAGUGAGAACAAUAUCACAAGGUAUGAGAACUUGGAAGGGAAAUUGGAUGAUAAGGCAAUAGUGGAGGUUCUUGAUGGUCGACCUUCUGAAAUCAAUGAAUCUACAAGUAAAUCAGGCAAAGGUUCAUCAUGGUUUCAGAAAUCCCCAUGGACGCAAUUGGUUACUGAGAAUAACAAUUCAUUCAGCAUCACACAAAUUUCUCCAGGUAUUACAUUUGGAAAUCAUGAACUGACCAAACCCCAGGAGGUUGCAAAUACAGUGAAAAACACUGACGGCAUGGGCAACCAUAUAGUAAACGCAGAUAAAAGUGAAUCUUCUAAAAGUGGUUCAACCACAGUGGACUACAGGAAAGAAAGGGGCAAUGCAUCAAAUCUUCUGGAAAAGAGCCAACAGACUGUGGUUGGCAACAAUGAAGCUUCUGCCUCUAUAGAUGAGUAUAACAACCAUUCAAUACAAAACCAAAUGCCUAAAGAAGAUGUUAGCAUUAGUGAAACUUGCUUGUUUAUGAGAAGUGCUGCUUCGCUAAAAGAAUGGGCAAAAACUAAAGCAGCUUUAAGUGGAUUACACAAGAGAAAAAGCAAUGGGAAGUAGAUAUUUGCAGCUCAUAAACAGAGAAGUUUGAGGUAAAUUUGAUGGGUACACAUGAUAGGCCACAUACAAAUGUUAGUGUAAUCCUGUAUAAUGAGCAGUAAUAUUUAGAAUUUGCUCUAUUUUUGGUGAACUUUUGACUAUGCAUGCUUUGUUUUUUGUAUUUUUGUAAUUUCUAUAACGUAUCUUGAACACUAAUUAUGUACCUUUGGUUGCUGAAACAAAUCAUGAAUUCCUCAGAAUAAAAGAUUAUUUGUGAAAUCA